CCUCAAUCAGGCCAACCUGCGAAACCGGCUUGACAACGUUACUUUUCCGGUUUCCCCCGUCAGUUUCCUCUCGCUGGAGACUAGAGAGAGAUAUCUGCCAGUCGGCCCCGAGCAGAUUUGCCGGCGAAAGCACCGGUGAGUAAACACUCUCCAAUCGAGCUUCGAAGCAGCUUUGUGACCAUGGCUCCUCUCACGCUAGCUGUGGAUACUACAACGAAGACUGCUUCGGGCGGAAAAAUGCACAUAGCUCAUCUAGAAAGCCGCAGCAAGCCUUUCGCCUCGCUCAGUGCUAAAGGAGAAGAGGAGAAUCCAUUCGAUUUCUUGCGAACUGUAUUUGGUAGCUUCAGUAACCUUCUGUGGGUUCAAAUUGUUGAUGUAAAAGCUGAAUCAAUGGCGUGUUUUGUGAUGGAUAUUGACUACUGCCCUGUUGAAAAUAUUGCAGAGGGAGUAAUCGCUGGAGGUGCUGCUGGUGUUGUAGUUGAAACGGCAUUGUAUCCCAUUGAUACUAUCAAGACAAGGUUGCAGGCAGUCGAUUGUGAAUGGCUGGCAGUUCGUGGUGGAGGACAAAUAGUCUGGAAGGGUCUUUACUCUGGCUUGGCUGGAAAUAUUGCUGGCGUCCUACCGGCUUCUGCUUUGUUUGUCGGAGUAUAUGAGCCAGCAAAACAGAAGUUAUUGAAAGCUUUUCCUGAAAAUCUUAGUGCGUUUGCUCAUCUAACUGCAGGUGUCAUAGGAGGGCUUGCUGCUUCUUUUGUUCGUGUACCAACAGAGGUUCAGUUUUUAGUAUGAUUCAUCAUUUUUCCCCCACAGAUUUGCCAUCAUCCACAAGAUAAUGAUACGAUUUUUUGAACCAUCAGGUUGUUAAAACAAGGAUGCAAAUGGGGCAAUUUUCAUCUGCUCCCAAUGCUGUACGCCUCAUUGUCUCAAAGGAAGGAUUUAAGGGUCUCUAUGCGGGAUAUGGAUCAUUCUUAUUGCGUGAUCUGCCAUUUGAUGCUAUUCAGUUUUGCAUUUACGAGCAGCUUCGGAUUGGUUAUAAAAUAGCAGCACAAAGAGAUCUCAACGGUGCCGAGAAUGCUGUGAUUGGCGCUUUUGCUGGUGCUGUAACUGGAGCAGUGACUACUCCACUUGAUGUGAUUAAGACAAGACUAAUGAUUCAGGGAUCAGCCAACCAGUACAAAGGAGUGAUGGAUUGUGUUCAAACUGUCAUUAGGGAGGAAGGACCUGCUGCUCUUCUAAAGGGCAUAGGGCCGAGGGUGCUAUGGAUAGGAAUCGGAGGUUCGAUCUUUUUUGGUGUGUUGGAGAGCACAAAGAGGAAGCUUGCAGAGAGACGACCACCGUCUUCAUCUCUUCCACAUCUGAACUCGAAGCAGGAUUAGGAGACUUCACUAUAUUUCAGAUUAGGUGUUCUUGACACACACAGGCGUGCAUCUUCAACUCUCGCUUGUGCUUUGCCGCGGUCUGAUGCUUUAGUUAAUGUAACGUGAAUCGACAUCUUGAUAACUUUGUUUUAGAGCGCAGUUUUUGUAUGAUGGUAACAUCAUUUGUUGAUUCCUGUUAAUCAGGAAAUAGAUGUGGGCAGCAAAAAGUAAAGGCGAUAGUCUCAAGUUCAGAUGACUUCUUGAUGCAUAUAGUUAAAAUAUAUAUCAUAUGAAAGUUAACAUCGUCGUGAACAUUUAACUC